UUUAUCGAAUACAAACAAGGUCUAAUAAUUAAGAUCAGAGGUAGUAAAUUUUUUAAAACAUUUUGUCCCCACUAACCUAUGGGUCUUGAUGAAUAGUCAUAAUUAGAUGGUGCAGUCCAUUUUGUAUACCCAAAAUGAAGAAGAUGCACACAUGGUGGCAUCAAAUAAGGACCAAACUCCUUCACCAUGCUUCCAAAGAAGAUAUGUCACAAAUAAUAUCAAGAACUGUCUCGGAGCAGCUUUCAAUUUCCCUGCAGACAGAAGAAGAUAACGAGCUGGAGUCAAUGCCAGCACCAGAGUCUGGUACAAUAACAAUUGACACACCCCUAACGAUUGCUACCAAGAAUGGAGUGAUAGAAAUGGUGAAGGCAAUUUUCGAAUUGUUUCCGUCGACGAUUAAAUAUGUGAAUACUGAAGGAAAGAACAUCUUUCUAUUGGCUAUAGAAUAUAGGCAAACAAAUGUAUACUGUUUUUUGUGUAAAUGUAAAUGGCUAAAGGAAAGUUUGUCCAGGCAAGUAGAUAAGGAGGGAAACAAUGCAUUGCACUUGGCAGUGAGUCUCGAAUUUGACCCUAAUCGAGACAAGGGGGAAGCAUUCAACAUGCAAACCGAACAGCUAAGCUGGCUUUACGUGGUUAGUGAGGAAGUCAAUCCCCUACGAUUUGUCUACAAGAUACAAUAGAAAAAUGGAGACGCCGAGAGACAUCGUAGAAAAAAGUCACAAGGAACUUAUGAAAAUCCAGCAAGAGUGGGUGGCUAAAACCUCAGAAGCAUGUUCUGUGGUGUCGACCCUUAUUGUAGCAGCAGCCUUCGCCACACGUACCAAUGUACCAGGUGCCUAUGA